UUGUCAGUGUCACCUACACAGUUGGGUCGUGCAGCGUUAGUGUCUGCCCUUCCACCAGAUGCAGCCCUCUUUGUGUUCGCAGAUCUCCAACAAGCCACCAAAGCCGUGGCGCUGGACACUGAGCUUCAUAUGUUAUACUUAGUCACUCCAACAAAUUGUACGGUUUGGCAGGGAUGUGACUGGAAUCAUUUACAGAACAUCUUUUUGAAGUUGCUUCCAGGAGAGAAACGAGUAGCUAAGCUGGUAGGUGCGAAUAACGGUUUCAUCGUUUCACGCGUUCGUGGAACUAGCAUCUCAACAUUUGAUCGGAACUAUCAGCUUCACCUGCGUUUUUUUUCUGCUCUUGCCCUUUUCGACAUCAUCAAUGAGAAGUCGAUCGAGGACGUGGCCAGUUACUUCAAAAUUAGUCGAGGAACGCUGCAGACUCUUCAGCAGCAGAGCGCCACAUAUGCAGCUAUGGUGGUUUCUUUCUGCUCACAUCUCGGUUGGACAUACCUGCGGGAUCUCUUACGUGGUUUCGCGACUCGACUUGCGUUUGGAGUGCGGAGGGAGCUCACAGAACUCGUUUCCAUUGAAGGAAUUGACGCCAGUCGAGCCCGCGUAUUCCAUGACCACGAUAUUACGUCGAUGGUGGAGCUGUCAAAUUGUACGGUGAAGAAAAUCGCAGAUCUUCUUUCGUUAGCUGUACCAUUUAGCAGGUAUUUUCGCAAAUCACUCUAA